UAAGGCUAGACGUGUCCCAUACAGUGAGUGGAGAAGGAACAGGUCUCUGAGAGUUUGAUUUGUUCUUGCUCACCCUACUCAAAGAUGUCUUACAACCCUUCCUUCAUCAGCGCAAGGCCUGGAGAGGAUCCCAAGGGUAGUAGUUUCUUGGAGGAAAGCAGCGGUGGGGGUGAUGACAGUAGUGUCCUGGGAGGGGACAGCCUGGUCACGGGGCCACUGGGUGCAGUGCUGCUGGUCAUGUGCCUCACUGGGAUGGUGGGGAACAUCUACACAGUGGCGGUGGCCUCUGGCAGGGUGGUGGGCUACUCAGCAGGCUCCUUGGGGGUCUAUGUGAUCAACCUUGCCUUGGCUGACCUCCUGUACCUGUCCACCAUUCCCUUCGUGGUUUGCACCUAUUUUGCCCAUGACUGGUUCUUUGGGGAUGUGGGCUGCAGGCUUUUGCUCAGCCUGGACCUCCUCACCAUGCAUGCCAGCAUCUUCCUUCUGACCGCUAUGAGCCUGGAGAGGUACUGGGCGGUGGCGAGGCCGCUGCAGGCCAGGCGGGUCAGCAAUGCUUACCGCAAACUGGCAAGUGCCAUCCUCUGGCUCCUCUCACUCCUGCUUACAGCCCCCAUGAUGGUAAUGACCCAGCUGCGGGAGGGGGACAGGCCCCACAAGCGCAUCUGCAUCCCCACCUGGACACCAGCAGCUUUCCGGCUCUACCUGACAGUGCUGUUUACCACCAGCAUCCUGGCACCCGGUGUGGUGCUGGGCAUCGUCUACACCCGCCUGGGCUGGGCAUACCGGGCCUCAGCCUGGGGCCUGGGGCUGCCAGUGGCCGGCCGGGCCCCCUCCCGGCGGCUCUUCUCCAGGAUCUCUGCCAUCGUGGUGGCCUACUGGGCCUGCUUCCUCCCCUUCUGGGCCUGGCAGCUGGCUGGGCUGUACCAGAAGGAUGGGCUGGGCAUCGGCCCCACUGCCCAGGCCUACCUCAACUUCGGUGUCACCUGCCUGGCAUAUGGCAACAGCUGUGUCAACCCCUUCCUCUACACCCUGCUUGCCAGCAGCUACCACCGGCGCCCUGGCCACAGUGGGAUGGGCAUGGCACAGCCUGCAGCACCCUCCCGGCAGGCUGCAGGAAGCCACAGCCUCCCCCUGACUUUCAAGGAGUUGUCAGGGUCUCUGAGGGAAAGCGAGGGGUGAGC